AUGUCACUCUGGGCCAAAGCACAACAAUUGCAAGGUGAAGCCUUGCAACAAGUUCGAGCAGUUUAUGGGGAACAUUUCCCCAUUGAAGUCAGGCAUUUUCUAGCACCAUGGAUCGAGGAGAAGUUAUGGACCGAGUUAGAUCCAGAAAAUCCAGCACAUGAACAAUAUGCUGCAAGUUUGCUUACCAUGCUCGUUCAAGAGCUUCAAGCUAGAGCGAACAGUUUGGCUUCUGAAGAGCAUUUCAUUACCAAAAUCAAACUUAUUGAUGCAGCCAGUAAUCUGCAAAAACGCUACUCUACAAACCCUUUGAAUCUUAUUCAUAUAAUCAAACAUUGCUUGACUACUGAAUUGAAAUUAGUUCAGCAAGCUGAAAAUGCUGGAGUAGACCUUGGUGGCGGAAUGAAUAUUGUUGCUGCCGAGAUAUCUCAGCGUUUAGAGGAAAUGAGAAUCAGAACUCAUAGCACUGGUGAAGAUUUGAGAAAACUGGAACAAGAUCAAGAGGAUUUCGCUUUAAAAUAUCACGAAUGCACCAAAAUCAAUGCUCACUUAACCCAUAUGCAAAAUCAGCAGCAGACAACUCAAACUAUUGAAACUGAUAAAAAAUUGAGGCGACAAAAAGAAGUACUUGAACAAACUCUUAGCCAACAGGUGACUACAUUGAUGCAAAAUAGAAUUAAUUUGUCUGAAAAACUGAAGCAAACAUUGAGUCUGAUUGCUAUCGUACAAAGCAGAAUCUUAGAUGAAGAACUUAUUAAGUGGAAACGAGAGCAGCAAUUGGCUGGAAAUGGUGCAAAAUUUAAUAACAAUUUGGAUACCAUACAAGAUUGGUGUGAAAAUUUAGCUGAAAUCAACUGGCUUAAUCGACACCAGAUAAAAGAAGCUGAAAGGCUUAAGGCUAAGUUGCCUUUGGACAAUCAAGGAGUUCAGGACAUCUUGCCGCAGUUAAAUGCUCAAAUUACUCAGCUUCUCUCCAGCUUAGUCACAAGUACAUUUGUAAUAGAGAAACAACCACCCCAAGUCAUGAAGACAAACACGAGGUUUACAGCUACUGUCAGACUUUUGGUUGGUGGAAAACUGAAUGUAUACAUGACUCCUCCUCAGGUUAAGGUAACCAUUAUCAGUGAAGCCCAAGCUAAUGCUCUUUUAAAAAAUGAGAAGGUAUCAAAAGGGGAAGCCAGUGGUGAAAUACUAAAUAACACAGGAACUAUGGAAUACCACACUGCUACUAGGCAACUUGCUGUAAGCUUUAGAAAUAUGCAACUGAAGAAAAUCAAAAGGGCAGAAAAGAAGGGUACAGAGUCAGUCAUGGAUGAGAAAUUUUCUUUACUUUUCUCUUCACAAUUUUCAAUCGGAAAUGGUGAACUUGUUUUUCAAGUGUGGACUUUAUCAUUGCCUGUUGUUGUUAUCGUGCAUGGAAACCAGGAGCCACAUGCCUGGGCUACAGUUACCUGGGACAAUGCUUUUGCUGAAUCUGGUCGUGUUCCAUUUGCUGUCCCUGACAAGGUACCCUGGACAUAUGUUGCUGAAGCUUUGAACAUUAAGUUUUGUUCACAAACUGGAAGACCUCUAUCUGACGAGAGUCUUAGAUUUUUAGCUGAAAAGGCAUUCAGGCUCGAUGUUACUAGAACUAAUGUUCCUGAUUGUUCUUCUAUGCUUUUAAGUUGGUCACAAUUCUGUAAAGAACCUCUUCCUGAAAGAAGUUUCACUUUCUGGGAAUGGUUUUACGCUGUGAUGAAGUUGACUAGAGAACAUCUUAAAGGUCCAUGGAUGGAUGGAUGUAUCCUUGGAUUUGUGAGAAAAAAACAAGCUGAGGAGAUGCUGGCUAAUUGCAGUAAUGGAACAUUUCUUCUAAGAUUUUCAGAUUCUGAACUUGGUGGAAUUGUAAUUGCUUGGCUAGGCACUACUGAAGAUUCGAAACAUUCAGAAGUGUUCAUGCUGCAACCAUUUACUAGCAAAGACUUCUCUAUUCGAAGUCUUGCUGAUCGCAUAUCUGACUUACAUCACCUUGUGUAUCUGUAUCCAGACACCUGUAAACAGCAGGCUUUUUCAAAAUAUUACACUCCCUUUCAAGAUAAUCAAACAACUACAAACAAUGGUUAUGUCAAGCCAAUGCUUGUUACCCAAAUUCCUGGCUUUGUGGGUACUCAAAAUAGUUUACCUCCCACACCACAGAAUGUGUUUCAGCAUCCACAAUCGCCAGAUACAUCAGUUAACGAUAAUAUGAACAGCUAUGGCAUGGCUGAUAUGGAUUAUGCAGAACUAUUAGGUGUGGAAAUCACUGGGAUUGAAGAAUCUCUCGACAUGAGUUUCCAUGAACUUAUUCAAGCUCCCUACACAAAGACUUUCUGGGUUUCUGUUUUGAGAAUUAUUGGCACUAGUGUUUUGGUUUUGCCUAGUAAAAGUUAA